AUGGACCCCUUCACCAAACUACCCCCUGAGCUCCUGGCACGCAUUCUCAUCUAUGCCGCGGAUUUUUCGGCUGUUGAAAGCAUCAUUUCCGCAUCGCCUCGCGUGAAUGCUGUCUUUCGAGCUCAGCCUACCAUUGUCCGCGACCUGGUAUCGGGUGACCCGAUUGCAGGCCUCCCAGAGAUCCAAACUAUGUGCCACAAUAUCAGCCUAAUCCAGACGCUGUCAGUUGAGUUUCCAAGCCUAGUCGAUUAUCGAAGGAUAUGCCAGAGCCCGCCGCCUUUUGAGUAUACGGAAGAGCUCGCAAGCUUCACACUUCAUCUGACUGCGCGAACCCAGCGGCUAGCUUGCGCUUGUCUCAUCCUGAUUCAGCAAAACUUUGUCUCGGCUCUCACCGGAACUCAUGCUGGUGGUAUCUCAGCCUCUGAUCGCGUAAAGGUCGCCCGCGAGCCCUUUUCUUAUACGGAGGAAUACCGCGUAUACUCCUCUCUGUGGCACCUCCAGCACUAUUCCUCCCUCCGCAAAGCAGCAACAGAGCGUUGGGCCUGGGACGAAACAUCAAUGCGUGGUUUAGAUGCGUACAACGAGUGGAAUGACAAAGAUUUCCGGAGAGCCGAAAAAAUGUGGACUACCGCCGCCCUGCUUUCCGAUCUCGGCCUACGUGCAAUAUACGGGCAUUAUUCAUUCCAGCGCCAACAGAGAUUCCUAGCUCAGGACCCAGAGGGCGAAGAGUCCUCGCGGGCAGCUUGGACCUUCCCAGAUGAGACACCGCUACCAAUCUUCCAUUCGUUCGAUCUGCCUUCAGGGCGGGAUAUUACCCGGUCGCCGCUAAUAUGGACUUUGCCAUCUCCUCCGCCAGACACCGAAGCAAUAAAAGCCUGGUCCCUUGACGCAGAGUCCCGUCAAUGGUUACCGCAACAUGACAGGACUUUUGUGCAUGCAAGCGUAGUUGCCAGUCACCAGCGCGAACCAUUCUCCUACAGCUUUGUGAACUUUAAGCAAUGGCGACGGCUGGGGCUGGUCAUCUGGGAUGCGUGGCGCAUGCAUCGCAUUGGGCUGUUUGAAGGACCACCCCGGAAUUAUGGCGAAGUGAUACCAACCCCGGAUGGGCAGUCCCUCGCUGGGCUACCUAGAGACCCAGAGGAGCGGGCACGGGUCCCACGGGUUGAUUACCAGUCGCGGUGGUUGGCACUCAUAGGAGAGAAGCCGCCGUAUGAACGCAGGCGGGGCAGGAUCGGAGGUUAUUGGGUAGACUAUAUUCCGUGA